AUGAUGGGCGACGACGGACUCUGUGGCCACCCCAGACCCGUGGAAAUCCUCGACAUCUGUUUGGGAGACAACCUGCAGCCCCACUCGGAAGCCCACCUAGGAGACACCUAUGGCCACCCUGAGCCUCUUGAACCUCACGGGGAGCAGACCUGGGCCUCUGUCCCUCCUGAUGCUGUGAGGCCCGAUGUUUGUCCCCAGGGCUCCAGCCCAGAGCCCAUGCACCUGGGGAGCAGCUCUUCCCAGGAACGGGCAGGACAGAAAACCACCUCCCCUGGGUCUUCCAGGGACAGCCAGCCUCUGGGGAGCCCAGGGCAGAGCCAGAGCACGUCCACACAGGUGGUGUUCUGGGCGGGGAUCCUGCAGGCCCAGAUGUGUGUGCUGGACCUGGAGGAGGAGCUGGAGAAGACGGAAGGGCUCAGAGCUGAGCUGAGAUGCUGCAUUCCCGCGGCCCCUGCAGACCUCCCCACUUUUCCCUCCAGCCCAGUUGGCUCCCGGAACUCGGGCCUCCUCCCCAGCCCACCCGUGGAUGCAGAUGAGGCCUCGGGGGAAGACAGCAGCGGGCCAGAAGGAGAGCCCCAGAACCCAGCAUGGCCGAGGGAGGGCGCACUGGACUUGUCUCCCGAGUGGAGUGCCGAGGAGGAGAGCAUCUUCUUUGACAACCCGCUCUUCCUGGAGAGCCCUUGCUCGGACACCAGUGCAUCUGAAACGCACUUCUCCUGGGGCUUCUCGGACUCCUAUGUAGAUGUGAGGACUGGGCCCCAGAGCCCACAGACCCUGGAGCCCCCACCCCCAGGAGGCAGAGUGCCCUGGGAGCUGGGCGGUGAGCCGGAUCUGGGGGAGAGCACAGCAGAGUCCAGCAGGCACACCACCCCCCCAUUCCCUGUGCCCACCUACAGGCCACACUCUUUCUCCUGGGUCGUGGGGGAUGCCCCCGAGGGGGCUCCCUCAGCACCUUCCAGCCAGGAGGAGACCGAGAGUUCUCUGAGAGACAGCCUUGAGCCUGCCUCGCCUGCAGCAUCCUGUGUGGACCAAACACUUAGCUGGGAGACAGAACAUGUGGAAUCUAAUGGCAGACGCGCCACACAUCCGGUGCAACCUUGGGCCGGGCCCAGCACCCAGGGCUGGCCAACCAAGGUCAUUCCUUCCUGGCCCCCAGGGCCUCUUAGCUCCCAGGACAGAGGUGACAAGGAUACAGAGUGUGUCCAGGAGUCUGCUCCCUGCACUGUGGCCCCUGGCCACCCCUGGGGGAGCCCAGCCUCUUCGCCGGAGCCGAGCAGCCCUGAGUCUGGGGUCAGAGGCUCCAACUCCCUGCCCAGCCCUGUCUCCUCCCGGGAAGGCAGCCUGAGGCUGCAGGGCCGCCCCCCAGGCAGUGUUCUUCCUGAGUGGACACUAGAUGCUCCAAGCCCUUCAUUCCUGGAGACAGAUGGGGUGGAGCCAGGUUCCCUGGAAAAAGGGGAGGCAGGAGAGGCCCCAAACCAAGGGAAGGAAGUAAAGUUAAGCCCCGCCAGGACUGCGGAGGCCGGAGCCAGACAGCCUGACGCUUGCCUGACCUCUGCAAAAACGCUGCCUGGGAGCCCUGUGCCCCAAGUGAAACCCCCAGAGGAAGGCCAGAGGCCCCCGGCUGGAGGCAAGCUGGCGAACGGCGUCAGGACUGACCAGGUGGCCUGGAACUUGGCCUCUCGCCUCUAUCACCUGGAGGGCUUCCGGAAGUCUCAAGUGGCCGCCUACCUGAGGAAGAACAAUGACUUCAGCAGGGCCGUGGCUGAGGAGUACCUGUCCUUCUUCCAGUUCGGAGGCCAGAGCCUGGACCGCGCACUCCGGGGCUUCCUCCAGGCCCUGGUGCUCAGUGGGGAGACCCAGGAACGAGAGCGGAUCCUCUACCAGUUCUCCAAGCGCUUCCAUCACUGCAACCCCGGGCUUUUCUCCUCAGUAGACUGUGUGCACACCUUGACCUGCGCCAUCAUGCUCCUUAACACGGACCUGCACGGACAGAACAUUGGGAAGAGCAUGAGCUGCCAGGAAUUCAUAACCAACCUGAACGGCCUGCGGGACGGCGGGAACUUCCCCAAAGAACUGCUCAAGGCCCUCUACUGGUCUAUCCGAAGUGAGAAGCUCGAGUGGGCUGUGGAUGAAGAAGACGCAGCCAGGCCCGAGAAGGCCCGGCCGUCUCCCCCGGCUGGCAAGAUGAGCAACCCUUUCCUCCAGCUGGCCCAGGACCCCACAGUGCCCACCUACAAGCAGGGCUUCCUGGCCCGGAAGAUGCACCAGGAUGCGGAUGGCAAGAAGACGCCAUGGGGUAAGCGCGGCUGGAAGAUGCUCCACACCUUACUUCGAGGGAUGGUCCUCUACUUCCUGAAGGGAGAGGACCACGGCCUUGAUGGGGAGAGUUUGGUGGGGCAGAUGGUGGAUGAGCCGGUGGGGGUGCACCACUCACUAGCCACCCCCGCCACCCACUACACCAAGAAGCCACAUGUCUUCCAGCUGCGCACGGCUGACUGGCGCCUCUACCUCUUCCAGGCACCCACUGCCCAGGAGAUGACUUCCUGGAUCGCGCGCAUCAACCUAGCCGCCGCCACGCACUCGGCUCCGCCUUUCCCUGCCGCGGUGGGCUCGCAGCGCAAAUUCGUCCGGCCCAUCCUGCCCGCGGGCCCAACCCAGGGCUCCCUGGAGGAGCAGCAUCGAUCCCACGAGAACUGCCUGGACGCUGCCUCUGACGACCUACUGGAUCUGCAGAGGAACUUACCCGAGCGGCGAGGCCGCAGCCGGGAGCUGGAAGACUACCGCUUGCGGAAGGAGUACCUGGAGUACGAGAAAACUCGCUAUGAGACCUACCUGCAGCUGCUCGUGGCCCGUCUGCACUGCCCGUCAGAAGACCUGGACCUGUGGGAGGAACAGCUGGGGAGGGAGGCUAGAGGCCUGCAAGAGCCCAAGCCCAGCCUGAAGAAGUCCCACUCCAGCCCGUCGCUGCAUCAGGAUGAGGCCCCCACCACGGCCAAGGUCAAGCGCAACAUCUCAGAGCGCAGAACCUACCGGAAAAUCAUCCCCAAACGGAACCGCAAUCAACUAUGA